AUGGCGUUAGAUUUUGUCCCAGAUUUGUUGACAGUUGUUGAAGCCUCCACAGUUUUGGUUGCCUUUGUCAUGAUGGGCUCUGGAUUGCCUAUAUGUUUGAAUAUGUACAAGAGAAGAAGUACAGAAAAUGUUCCAUACAUUCUUUUCUUGAUAUCAGUUUUUCUGAGCCUCCUGGGUCUCCAGUAUGGAAUCUUGAUGGGCAACAAAUUGCUAAUACUCAUUAAUCUUGCUGGUGUGGUUGUCUGGGGAGCCUAUACUGCCAUCUUCAUCUUAGUCAGCAGCCCUAAGAGCCAGCCCCUGUUUAGGUUACUCGCUGUUAUUGGGUUGUACCUGGCACACUUGUAUUAUCUGUCCACUCUGCCGUCGACUGACCACCUUUCUACAGUUGGCAAAUACAUGAUGGUCUGGUGCUUAAUCAUCUCUAUCGUCCCGGCUGGAGAAAUUUAUACCAUCAUUCAAACAAAAUCUACAAACUGCUGUGACCUGUCGCUUCUCUGUGGAGGAACCUUGAAUGUUACUGUUUGGUGCCUGUAUGGAUUUCUGGUCAACGAUAUCAACAUUUAUUUUCCAACUAUUCCUGGAUUGUUGAUUUCUCUCAUAAAAAUCGCCUUGUUGCUACUCUACGGCCUUCCCUCUAGUCAGUCCAUCAGAGAAAAGGCUCCCAGGAAAGAGAGCAUUGAUGCUAAAGCAAUCAAUGGUAAGUCUGCUGACGACACUCUGCGACAAAGGAAGUGA